UUCGCGCAGCAACCCUACCCUGUGCCUCCUUCUCUCUGCCUCCUUUCGACUCGGAGGCUUUCUUCAAACUCUCUCAGUUUUCGAUCCCUCCGUCCCUUCUAUUCAGGGUCAAAGUCAGUGGAGCUGAAGAUGCAGUCCAAUGAAGCUCCUAGUUCCAUGGAAGUCAAAGCAGUUGCAAAUGGAGCCGGUUCAGCUUCGGGGACAUUGCCGCCAAAGCCAAGUUUUGAGCCUUUAAAGGCUCAUGAGAUGUCAGAUGGGCAAGUUCAGUUCAGGAAGGUCUCUGUUCCACCGCAUCGCUAUACGCCACUCAAGAAAGCAUGGAUGCAAAUAUAUACCCCAAUUUACGAGCAGAUGAAGAUAGACAUCCGUAUGAAUCUGAAAGGCCGCAAAGUGGAGUUGAAGACCAGACGUGACACACCUGACAUUAGUCACUUGCAGAAGUGUGCUGACUUUGUUCAGGCUUUCAUGCUGGGUUUUGAUAUCAUAGACGCCAUUGCCCUUCUGCGUUUGGACGAGCUUUAUGUGGAAUCCUUUGAGAUCAAGGACGUCAAAACACUCCGAGGUGAGCACUUGUCUCGUGCUAUAGGAAGGCUGUCUGGGAAAGGAGGUAGAACAAAAUUCGCGAUUGAGAAUGCUACAAAGACUAGGAUUGUGAUUGCAGACACCAAGAUCCACAUAUUGGGAUCUUUUGCAAACAUAAAGGUUGCUAGGGAUUCGCUUUGCAACCUCAUCUUAGGAUCCCCUGCUGCGAAAGUUUAUUCAAAACUAAGAGCAGUUACUGCUAGAUUGGCAGAACGGUUUUAGAGUGGGGAUGAGUAUGCAUCUGUGUUGUGCAUUUUUAUUGUCCAUUUAUAAUUUUGAGUAUUCUGAAUAUGAGUAUGGCUUGGCAACAGAAAGUACAAGUUCUAGGAGAUUUUUGUACCUUCAGGAGAAAUGACAUCUUGUAAGAUCUUCUUCCUGCUGGAAGCACUUUAUUAGAACUACAUAUUGUUUGUUAAAUUUGUUUUU